AUGUAAAAAAAAUAACAAUCUCAACCUUUUUUGUUAAGCCAAUAAGAAGUACCGUUUUAAUGUCGAGUUGUUCGAAAACAUUUUUUUAAGGAUAGAGUAUAUUAGUUAAAAUAUUACAAUAACCAAAUCACAAUGACUUAUGUAAAUACUAUUGACAUAUUUUAGCAUUUAAAUAUUGAUGCUCCUAAAUAUAUUAUGAAAAUAGAUGAAUUCACUACUUUUGAAUGGUUAAUCAAACAAUAAAGGUUGUUUGGUUUCAAAUUUCCUUAUCAAGGGAAAUUAAAGGAGUUUCAUGCUGACCAGACUGACCUAAUCUCACUUAGAUAGAGAUUGAGUUACAAAAUGGUUUUCCUCAAUCUAAGUUAAAACUAUAAAUAUCUUACAACUUUAGAAUCAGGAUCGUUUGGUUAGGUAUGAAAUUAUCAUAUAUUAUUUAUAGGUUACAUCCAAUUAAUAUUACUUUAAUAAUAAUAAAGUGGCUAUUAAACAUAUAUUACUUAAUGGAAAGAAAGACUAAUAAAAACAAAUAGAGAAUGAAAUUUAGAUCCUAAGAUCAAUUAAACAUCCACGAUUACUUGAGAUCUAUGAAGUAUUUAAAAAUGAACUUUAUUAUUAAAUUGUGACUGAAUUUAUAGAAGGUGAUAAUUUAAAACAGCUAAUGUUAAAUAAAUUAAACCAAUUUAAAAAUGAAGAAAUUUUAGAAAUCAUGCAAGUAUAAAUUAAAUAAAAUUUAAGUAAUUAUUUGAAGCUUUGACUUAUCUUCAUCGUAAUUAGAUACUUCAUAGAGAUAUCAAACCAGCUAACAUUAUGUAUCAUAAUAAUAAGCUCAAAUUGAUCGAUUUUGGACUUGCUUGUUAUGAUGGUAAAUAAUUAUUAGAAAAUCCUAAUUGUGGCACAGAGGGUUAUGUAGCACCUGAAGUCUUAAAUGUUAAUUAAACUAAAUUAAAUUAUGAUUUUAAAGUCGAUGUAUAUAGUGCUGGUUGUGUAUUAUACAUGCUAUUAACUGGCACUAAAUUACAAAUAUCAAAUUAGUCAAGUAUGAGUUUUUAAAAAAAUAAAACAUAUCAAAAUAGUGAAAAUAGCUAAUUGUUCGAAUUAGUUAAAAUAAUGACAAAACCUAAUCCAUUUGAUAGACCAUCAAGUUUUUAGGUUCUAGAAUUAAUUAGAUUAAUAAAAGAGAAUUGUGCUUAUGAUAUCAGUUUAUGGUAUAGUAAUGCAUUUAAUCUUUCUAAUUCAAAUAAUUCUUAUUAGACUGCAUCUACUGCAAGGUAUAUUCAUACCUCAAAGAAUUAAAAAAGUGUUUGUAGCUUUAAUAGUGCCAGAGGAAUUGGCUAGACCCUUUCUAAAUAAAUUAUAAAAUGA